AUGAGCCAUCCACCGAGCAACCCACUGGCGGGUGAAGAGUACGAGCUCACCAGCACAGCUCCACCGCUCGAGCGCAAGACAUCCCGCACCCGCACGCUCACACUGCAUGCAAACCAGGGUUCGACACUGCUGUUCGCGGCGCCAGGACAGGCUGGGCCAUCGCGCCGGCGGGUUACGCGGCGGGUGAGCUCAAACGCGGCUCCAGACUCGCCGCGCGAGGCCAAAUAUAACCGCACGUUCUUCCUCGAGGAGGAUCUUGACCAACUCGGUCAGCAGCGCGAGGAAGUAAGCCUGCCCGACUUUGGACACAUGCUCGGUUUCGACGUUGGCGAGGACCACUUUGCCGUUGCAGCUGCGAUGCGCAGCGCGUGGAAGAGAAAGCUCUACCUGCUCAUGGAGGAACCAGGCAGCGGGCGUGAGGCGUUCUUCGUGCACAUCGCAGUCACCGGCGCCAUCUUCUUCAGCGUCGUCCUCACGACGUUCUCGACACUGCCCACGUUCCACACCAACCCCAUCUCUGUGCGCGUGCUCUUCGGGUUCGACACGACCAUCGUCUUACUCUUUACUGCCGAGUACCUUGCACGCUCGUUCGCUCACGCGGACUCGUGGGCACAGUACUACCGGUGGGCGACGAGCUUUUUCGCCAUCCUCGACCUACUUUCGAUCCUGCCCUACUACAUCGAGCUCGCACGGCAACAAGACACGUCGAUCCUCUUCCGCUUCAGCAUCCUGCGCACGUUUCGGCUCCUACGCGUCUUCCGCGCGUUCCGGUACCAGAGCCAGAUGUUACUGACCAUCGAGGUAAUGUACGUCGCUGUCCGUCGGUCAAAGGACGCACUCGUUGCGAUCUCCUACUUCAUCUUCCUGGUCCUGGUGCUGUUCUCGACACUCAUCUACUUUGCUGAGCGUGGGGUAUGGGACGCGACACUCGGCGCAUUCGUCGACCCGGACGGAGACGUGUCGCUCUUCGACUCGAUCCCCCAGACGGCAUGGUACGCGCUCGUGACGAUGAGCACGGCUGGAUACGGCGAUGUCGUUCCGAAGACUGCACUGGGAAAGAUCCUCUCCGUCCCGCUUCUCCUCUUCGGUCUUCUCCUCAUCGCGCUUCCGUCCUUUGUGCUCGGGCGCAACUUUGCGAUAGUCUACGACGCAAUGAUCUCAUUCCAGGCACAAGCUCCAUCGAUACAGCCGACACCGCGCCACUCGCUCGACUUGGACACGCCGCACGACGGCACGAUGACGCCGGUCCCUGAGGAGGCUGGGCCCCUGCUGCCUGUAUCCAACACAGUCAAGAGAGGCUCAUCGCCAAAUCCGGUCAAGAUGUGGGCGGGCGACCCGAACAAGUUCACCCCUCCGAUCCCUACUGUGCCAGGGAUACCGACCUCAUCGUCCAAGGCGGCGCGCGACAAGGACCUGACCAACACCAAGCUCGCCAAGAACCAGUACGUGUUGUUGGAGAAGAUCGAGGCGCUGCGCCAAACAGUCGAGACGCAGGGGGAGAUGAUGAGCGUACUGAUGGCUGCACUGGCCGAGAGCAACGGCGUAGAGAUACCGACAGGCAAGGGUAAGGGGAGGGCAGACCGAGGGGGCCAAGAUCAGGCGCCAUAUGAGGACAUGAGGUAG